AUGGCCGAACCUUGCCCUUCCGAUGUUCCUACAGGGUCGGACUACAGUAGAACUGCGGUUGUGGACGCAUGGAUCAAACACUUCACUGAAGAGGAUCGAAAAGAUGCCGAGCUUUUCGAGCAACUUAUGCAAGUGAAAAUUCGAUCCUAUGAUGAGCGCCUCAUGAAAGUAUGGGGGAAUCGAGACAGUUACAAUGAUGAGCAGUUGGAAAAGAUGUUAGAAGAUAUGAAGAAGGAAGAAGAGGAGGCAAGUCGUAUGCGUUCAGUGGAAUAUGAUGAAGAAGAAGAAGAAUACCGUGAACGUCUUGGAGCCUAUUAUUACAAACAUGUAUCGGAAAAGUUCCAUAGCGACCGAGAGAAGAAAGCGGCAACUGCUCGCUCCGCUCCUGCUUUGCCAACUCGUGGACCUCAUUCUCCACGCAAAAUACUCGGCCAGAGACCGCGAGAAGCUGAGAAUCCGGGCAGGUCAAGUACUCCUUUGAAAUCUCCUAGUCGGUCUUCCGCAGGCGACGAGGAGCCCAUGAGCGUUGUGCCAAAGGAAGAGGAACCCGCCGUUGAAAAGAUGGAAGUUGAGGAGAUUGAAACUAAAGUGACCGAUAAUAGUAUGGACUCUCCCAGGAGCCAACCGGAUCAGAAGCGUCCACGAGGCAGACCACCCAAAAAGUCGACAUCCGCAGCUGCCAUUGUGGAUGAGUCAUCCAAUCGGGACGGAUCGCCAAUGUCAGCCAAGACGUCCGAAGAGCAGAAGUCCCCGUCACGCACUGAGACACGUCGCAGUGCUGCUCGGGGUGAACCGCAAUCGUCUACAAAUGCUGGUGAAAGGGAUUCUAUCCAUAUUGUCGACAGUCCUGCUGGCCGUGUGCGAGGAGCUCGACGUCCUGUAGCCGUUGAUUCGCCUCUAGUUGGCAAAACUUCCAAUGUGGGAAGAACGAGUGCUGGAGCGGAUUCUCCCGAUGUGAGGGAAGGAAGCAGAGAACGCGAACCUGCGAAAAGCCGCCACAGCACAGACGCUGCCCCGCGUCCCACAUCUGGAGUGAUCACAGACGACCUUGGAGGAACAGGAACGCAAACCGCUCUAUCCAUCCAGAUGCCGCUGUUCGCUGGCGGUGAAGGGGAUGCAGUGUCGAGUCGUAAAUCGUCGAGGUCUGAGCGUCGGAGUGCAUCAGCAACGUCAUCCACCCCAACGAAUUCCGGUCGCAGUACUGUAAUUGUUCAGACAGAUGAAGUGAAGCUUGACAUGGAAGAAAGCAUUGUGAUCGGUUGGCCUCUGAGUGAUAGAAAGGUGAUGCCACCUUCCACGUCUGCAGUUUUGGUGUCCAAGUCUGAACGAGAACCCAUGAAAACGGGACACAAUAAAUUGGAUCAGAGUUCCAGAAUUGUUCCGUGGGAUGACGUAUAUGAUGGAAGCUUCGAUAAGGUUUGUGGGAGUUACACAAUUCUUUUUUUUGUUUAG